GAUCGCCGCCCUCAGAGGGGACGAGCGGGGCCGCCGCUUGGUCCGCUCGGAGCCGCGCCGGUCACCGCGGCACCGCCUCGAGUCGGGGGCUCGGGAUGAGAGGACAGCUCGUGGGCUGUAUAAUUUGAGAUUUGGAGCUGAUGUGGAAAACACUCAGAAUGGAAGGGAAACUCCCAUGUCUCCUUCUGCUGGUGGGGGCAAUCAUGACUGCCCAGUGCCAGGGCUUACGCACGCGUUUCAAACGAGGAGCCAGAUCCAGAGCCAUUUGCACAGAUAAUUCAUCUGCAGAAAUUUACCCACACGGGGGGAUCUGGCUGAGGCUUUCAGGGAGCAGAAUAGAAUACUGUAGGUGCGACAGUGGUCGGAGUUGGUGCCACACUGUGCCUGCCACAGUCUGCACUAGAAAUAAAUGCUACAAUGGGGGCCAGUGUUCACAGGCAUAUUAUUCCCCACAGCUCUUCAUCUGCCAGUGCCACCCAGGUUUCUCAGGGAAGCAGUGUGAAAUAGAUACUGAAGUUAAAUGCUACAAAGACACUGGAGUAACAUACAGGGGUACCUGGAGCACGACAGAGAGUGGAGCUGAAUGUUUAAAUUGGAAUAGUGAUGGCCUGGUGAACAGGAGGUACAGUGGCCACAGAGAGGAUGCUGCUGAGCUGGGACUGGGCAAUCACAACUAUUGCAGAAACCCAGAUGAGGAUUCCAGACCUUGGUGCUACAUCUACAAAGGGGGAAGGUACACCUGGGAGCACUGCAGUGUGCCCUCCUGUUCAAAAGUUAGGAACACCAACUGCAGCUCUGGAAGAGGCACAGAUUACCGUGGCAGCCACAGUGUCACCAGCUCUGGAGCCACCUGCUUGAAGUGGAAUUCUCUAAUCCUCAUCAACAAGGUGUACACUGCUUGGAGAAGAGAUGCUUACCAGCUGGGCCUUGGUAGUCACAAUUUCUGCAGGAAUCCCGAUAAUGACAGCAAGCCCUGGUGCCAUGUCCUGAAAGGGAAUCAGCUCACCUGGGAGUACUGCAACGUGCCUAACUGCUCCACCUGCGGCUCGCGGCAGCGCAGGGCGCGGCAGUUCAGGAUCAAAGGAGGUUCCAGCACUGACAUUGCAGCUCACCCAUGGCAAGCUGCCAUCUUCGUGAGGUACCCCCGGGUGGCUGGAGAGCACUUCCUCUGUGGGGGAAUCCUGAUCAGCUCCUGCUGGGUUCUCUCAGCUGCUCACUGUUUUGAGGAAGGUUUUAGGACAAAUCAGCUGAAGAUUGUGCUGGGCAGGACUUCUCGAGCAACUCCUGAGGAAAGUGAACAGAAAUUUCAAGUGAAGAAAUACAUUGUGCAUCAGAGAUUUGACCCAGAAACUUUCAACAAUGACAUUGCUCUGUUGCAGUUGAGCUCAGAUGCAGAAGAGUGUGCUGUGGAAACAGGCACUGUGGGCACAGCCUGCCUGCCCACCCCAGAGCUGCAGCUGCCUGACUGGACUGAGUGUGAGAUCUCUGGUUAUGGCAAAAGUGAAGAAUUUUCUCCAUUCUACUCAGAGCACCUGAAGGAAGGCCGUGUCAGGUUGUUCCCAGCCAGUCGCUGCACAGCACAGCACCUGGACAACAGGACAGUGACAGAGAACAUGAUAUGUGCAGGAGACACCAGGAACCUUGAUGAUGCCUGCAAGGGCGACUCUGGAGGGCCCCUGGUGUGUCUGAAGGACGAGCGGAUGUACCUGAUUGGAAUCAUCAGCUGGGGAAUCGGCUGUGGCCGCAAGGACAUUCCCGGUGUUUACACAAAAGUGAUUCGUUAUCUUGGCUGGAUUCAGGACACCAUGCAACUCUGAGAAAGGAAAAUGAACCUUUCCAAUCCUGUGGCCGUGCCCUCAAAACUUCCUACUUUAGGUGUGCUAACAGGGCUUCCUGUUUGUCCAAUACUUACAACUCCUAGUACAAUAGGAAGACAAACUGCAGUGUGUAGGAAGGGCAUGUUCUCAUAAUAAUCUCCCUAUUACAGGUUAUUAGAAGCUAAUCAUCCUUUUCCCCAUCACCAAACUUUCACCUUGCAUCAAAUCACAGAAGUACAAUAAAAAAUUAAUUCUGGCCCAUGCCCUCAGAACUUCCUUCUGGGUGCUUUAAGUGUGCUAACAGGGCUUCCUGUUUGUCCAGAUAUUUACAACUCCUAGUACAAUAGGAAGACAAACUGCAGUGUGUAAUACUCUCCCCAUUACAGGUUAUUAGAAGCUAAUCAUCCUUUUCCCCAACAUCACCAAACUUUCACCUUGCACCAAAUCACAGAAGUACAAUAAGAAAUUAAUUCUGGCCCUGAGUGAAUAAACCAAGAGAGAUCAUGCAUCUCUUUAGCAACUUUAUUGUUGUAGGAAUGGGUGUGAACUGAAGGGGACAUUUAAUUUCCUGAAAAACUUCAUCUCUCUCCUUACUUGGCUGUACAAUUGGAAGCCAUUGAGCUCUGUCCUUAUCCCAUUUGACUUUGCCAAUUUAAGCUGGUUUCAAAAGAAGCUGGUUCCCAAUAUAAAGAACAAAAAGCUGUAGGCAUGGGCUGCUUAUUUCCAGAUUAAUAUACUACUUACUUCUUCAGUUUGGAACCAAUUAAUUGAGUUUGAGCUUAAACUCUCUGAGCAAAUUCAGGUUGGCUUAAUUAUUAGGACAUUUUAUUCUUUCACUUGGUUUUGUUCCUGGUAACAGAAUAGGUAAAAAUUUUAAUACAGGCUUGAUCUGCCACAGAAUCAAUGCAUAUUUUUUGACUAUUGAAUUUCUAUGCAUUAUCAUGUGAUAUGAAGCAAAAGCUCUCCCUUCUGUGCAGCAGAAACAAAGGACAAGUGUAUUGGAAGCUGUUUUAAGUGCCUGCCAGAUUUACAUCCACAAGGCCAAAUCAGAUACCACAAGGCUGCCUUUGUCCUUUAACAGAAAACAGCACAGGUACAACCAAGUCACCAUGAACCAGAAUCAGUAAUCAGCAUUAUUUCUUUGUAAUAAUGCAAGGAAAUAAUGCUGAUUACUGCAGCUGCCACAUGAUGCUGAGUGCCAUCUAUGCACAUCUAAGAGUGAAGCCUCUCUGAGAGCUUUUGUCUCGUUGUUUUGUAAAGAAAAAAAAAGUGUAUCUACCAUUUUACAAAAGGAAAACAUUGUAUUGAGGGUACAAAACGAAUUUAGUUUUAUCAUCAAUCAGUAGCUCAGAAAUCCCUGAGAUGAUUUCCAUCUUUACAUCAGCUUUCCCACUUCUUACAGAGUUUUCCUCCCUACUUGUCCUCUUCCAGCACGCAGCAGCACCAUCUCGAGACAGGAUCUAAGAAUAACUAUUGCCAUCUGCCUGCUGCUGCCAUCUGACUGUGCAGCUGGCAUUGUCAUACCCAAGUUGUUUCAGAACCUUAGUUGACAUCAGCAUCUUUUGUAAAUGAGCUGCACCUCAUGCUUCCCCCCCAGAACUCCUUCAUAUGUCCAAUUUAUGUCACUGAAUUUCUCCAUUUCCCCUUCCUGCCCUGCUUCAUCUCCCACAGGAACUUGCAGCCAUCUCAGGCUGGUGUGUCAUAAGAACCCGAUGCCCUAAUGUAUAUAAAAAACCUUUCAAUAUCUUGAGUAA